UGCAAAUUAAGCAGCAGAGACAAAGAUGGCCGGCGCAUCAACACCCAACAGCAGCAAAGCGAUUAACCUGAAGCUUCUUGUAGACAGCAACUCCAGGAAGGUGGUGUUCGCGGAGGCCGGGAAGGAAUUCGUGGACUUCCUCUUCGGACUCAUACAGAUACCCAUUGGGUCCAUAAUGGGUCUUCUUUGGAAUCACGGCAUGGCUGGGCCUGGAUCGUUGAACAGAGUGUAUGAGAGUAUCCAAAACCUUGACCCCACCUGUCUUCACCAGACCAAGGAGGAACUCUUGAUGCCUGAACCAGCCUUCCCAUCAAACACUCAUCCGCCUCCCUUGUUGCUCAACUUCGUGCCGCCACCAAAACAAGCCACCACCUCAGUUGAGAACCACUUCAAUUCACGUUCGCGUUCGCUUUCUAAUCCUUGUGAUCUAAUCCAAACUGUUACUUAUGAGUUGGAUUCGGAUUCGGAAUAUUCGGAUCCCGAUUCUCCUUUUAGUUUGUCUCGGAAUAAAUCGGUGGUUGAACAUGAACAGAGGGAGACAGGGUAUGUUAAAGGUGUGGUGACAUUUAUGGUGAAGGAUGAUCUAACGGUGACACCCAUGUCAACCAUUUCUUGCAUCACCCUUCUCAACACCUUCAACAUCAAAGAUGUCGGUUUGCUGCAGGAGAAGAUGGUCAAUGUUGACAUACAGAAGGGCUUGGAGCUGGUGAAGGCUUCGUUCGGAUCUACCACAGUCCUCACAGAUGUUUUCCUUGGGAAUGAGGGGCUACUUGUUUAGUUCUCUUCAACUUUCAAAGCCAAUCCGAGAGUAGCUUUGCUGUGGAAUUAUAUGUAAUUAUUUAUGGUUUAUAUCAUUUUGGAAAAAGAAAAAAGGAAGAAUUGCUGGGCUAUGUGUAAUUAUGGGUUUUAGUAAAGAGUUAUAUAUAUUUCACUUGAUGUGUGGA